AAUUUGAGAAAGCUGAUCAAAUUGUCAUUUUCAAAGACAGGCAAAUUACUUUUAAGGAGACACAUAGUUAAUCAUUAGCACUUUGAGUGCUUUGCUUGUGAAAGGUAAAAGGAUAAUCUGUUUGUAAUGACCUUGCAAAAAUUCCCAGCACUGAAGUAAGGAGGCAGCAAAUGAUAAUUUUAGAUUUUUAACUGUUCUCAGCUGAAAAACAGCAGAAGGAAACAUGGGGGAGGACCUCUGCGAUCCAUCUAAAGGAAGAAAUGAAGUCAGUGAGAUGCGGCUCAAAAAAACCAUUGGAUAUUUUGAAGGGGUUAGCUUUAUAAUGGGUACGAUUGUAGGAGCAGGGAUCUUUGUAUCCCCUACUGGGGUACUGCAAUACUCUUUACUCAAUGUUGGUGUUGCCUUGAUCAUCUGGACGAUCUGUGGUGUCAUAUCUCUGAUGGGCGCUCUCUGUUAUGCAGAACUAGGCACUGCUUUACCAUUGUCGGGAGGAGAAUACAGCCACAUAAAGAGAGCCCUUGGCUCUCCUCUUGCUUUCAUUUUUAUGUGGACAGCACUGUUCAAUAAACCAGCAUCAAAUGCUGCUCGGGCCUUGCUGUUUGCUGAAUAUGCAAUCCAGCCUUUCUACGGUGAAUGCCAGGCUCCAGAAGUGCUGAAGAAAGGUUUAGCUCUGGCUGUUCUCUGGUUUCUUGGAAUCCUCAAUGGCCGAAGUGUCAAGAUGGCUACUUGGGUGCAGACCGUUUUUACCAUACUGAAAAUGAUGGCGCUGUCUGUAAUUGCAAUUAGCGGGAUUGUCCUGCUGAUAAUAGGAAGGAAAGAGAAUGUAGCAAGAUUUGAGAAUGUUUUUGGUGCAGAGGUUCCAGAUGCUGGUCAGAUUGCAGAAGCCUUUUUCCAAGGACUUUAUGCAUAUGGUGGCUGGUGGUCUCUCAAUUAUAUGGCAGAGGAGAUGAAAAACCCAAGCAAAAAUAUUCCAAGGACUGUGAUGACUGCACUUCCUUUAGUGACUGCAUUUUACUUGCUGGUAAAUGUUUCAUACUUGACAGUUCUCACACCCAAGGAAGUUGUCUCCUCAGUUGCUGUAGCAGUCACAUGGGCUGACAGAGUGAUCCCUUCAAUUGCAUGGAUUAUUCCUGUAUCUGUGGCCAUUUCAAUAUUUGGUGCCCUUAACAGCAGCAUGUUUACACUGGGACGAUUAAGCUAUGCUGGGAGUCAGUCUGGACAUUUGCCCACUAUAAUAUCCAUGCUUAAUGUCCACUAUUGGACUCCAGCGCCAGCCAUGAUUUUCUCAACCAUUAUUGCAUCCAUUUUUAUUAUCCCAUCAGACCUAAUUGCUUUAACCAGUUAUUUUGGAUUCUCUGUCUGGCUCAUGAUUGGAUUUACGUGUGCUAGCCUGAUUGUCCUUCGGUACCGAGAACCUAAUCUACACAGACCAUACAAGGUUUUUUUACCAGUUGCAUAUGGAAUGGUGGCAGUUUCUCUGUUCUUAGUUUGUGCUCCUAUAGUUUGGUCUCCAAAGGUGCAGUACAUAUAUGCAUUCCUUUUCGUGCUUGGGGGUCUUCUCUUAUAUGUGCCUUUUGUACAUUUUAAAAUACAUUUUGAAUUUGUUGACAAAAUUACAUGCUAUCUGCAGUUGUUGCUGGAGGUUUCACAUGCUGAUCACAAAUACGAGUAAUGGCUGUCAUUUAUAUUUUGUGUUCAUUUUAAAAGCCAUCUCUCUAAAUUAUGGGCUAUUAGUAACCAUAAAGCUAAGUAAGUCUAAAAAAAAUCAUAGAGGUAAAUAUUUUAAAACAAGCACAUUCCACAAUAUUUUUUUUACAUUCUACAGUCUCCAUUUCAUUUUUUCAAAACUAAAAAUAUUGUUUUUCAAGUAUAUAUUAAAAAAAUACUGAAAAGGC